CCCACCAUCAACAUGGCCGCGAGGCUGUCCCUCUUUCCCGCAGGCACUGACACUAACUAGUGACGCGGUCAUCGUGCGCCGGAAGUUAUUAGUGAGUACGCGGUGCAUUCUGGAAGACGCUUAGGAACACCGAGUUGCGUUGCGAGGAAGAUGGCGGCCUCCACAUCUGCAGGCGGCGGCGCGGGGCCCUCGGGCCCUGGAAACCCAGCCGGUGCCUCGGGAAUGACCGCAGCUAUUACCGGUACUAUGAACAAGAAGAAGAAACCAUUCCUCGGGAUGGCGGCACCGCUGGGAUAUGUACCGGGCCUGGGCCGAGGUGCCACUGGCUUCACAACCCGUUCUGAUAUUGGUCCUGCCCGUGAUGCCAACGACCCAGUGGAUGACCGCCAUGCCCCUCCAGGAAAGAGAACUGUGGGGGACCAGAUGAAGAAGAACCAAGCAGAUGAUGACGAUGAAGACUUGAAUGAUACAAAUUAUGAUGAGUUCAACGGCUAUGCAGGGAGCUUGUUCUCUAGUGGCCCCUACGAGAAGGACGAUGAAGAAGCAGAUGCCAUAUAUGCAGCCCUGGAUAAGCGAAUGGAUGAGAGACGGAAGGAGAGAAGGGAGCAGAGAGAAAAGGAAGAAAUUGAGAAAUAUCGUAUGGAGAGACCCAAGAUUCAGCAGCAGUUUUCUGACCUGAAGAGGAAGCUUGCAGAAGUGACAGAAGAAGAGUGGCUGAGCAUCCCUGAGGUGGGAGACGCACGUAAUAAGCGCCAGAGAAAUCCACGGCAUGAAAAGCUUACGCCUGUUCCCGACAGCUUCUUUGCAAAACACUUACAGACCGGGGAGAACCACACGUCAGUUGAUCCACGUCAGAAUCAAUUUGGAGGUUUAAACACCCCUUUCCCUGGAGGACUGAAUUCUCCAUACCCUGGUGGGAUGACCCCAGGGUUAAUGACGCCUGGCUCUGGGGAUCUGGACAUGAGAAAGAUUGGACAGGCCAGAAACACACUAAUGGACAUGAGGCUGAGCCAGGUGUCCGACUCUGUAAGUGGUCAGACUGUGGUUGACCCCAAAGGUUAUCUGACUGACCUGAAUUCUAUGAUCCCAACCCACGGAGGAGAUAUCAAUGAUAUUAAGAAAGCCCGUCUACUUCUGAAGUCGGUGAGGGAAACAAACCCUCAUCACCCUCCAGCCUGGAUUGCUUCUGCCCGUCUUGAGGAGGUGACUGGCAAAUUACAAGUAGCUCGAAACCUCAUCAUGAAAGGAACAGAGAUGUGUCCCAAGAGUGAGGAUGUCUGGCUGGAGGCUGCUCGAUUACAGCCCGGGGACACUGCUAAGGCUGUGGUAGCACAAGCUGUGCGUCACCUCCCGCAGUCGGUGCGCAUCUAUAUCCGAGCAGCAGAACUGGAGACUGAUCUUCGAGCUAAGAAACGUGUCCUGAGAAAAGCUCUGGAGCAUGUCCCUAACUCUGUACGUCUGUGGAAAGCUGCUGUGGAGCUGGAGGAGCCGGAGGAUGCCCGAAUCAUGUUGAGUCGUGCCGUGGAGUGUUGUCCAACCAAUGUGGAGUUGUGGCUGGCUUUGGCCAGAUUGGAGACUUAUGAAAAUGCCCGUAAGGUUCUGAACAAGGCUCGGGAGAACAUUCCCACAGACAGACACAUCUGGAUUACAGCUGCCAAGCUGGAAGAGGCCAAUGGGAACACACAGAUGGUGGAGAAGAUUAUAGACAGAGCAAUCACAUCUCUGAGAGCCAACGGAGUAGAAAUCAACCGCGAACAAUGGAUACAGGAUGCAGAGGAGUGUGACAAGGCUGGCAGUGUGGUAACAUGUCAGGCCAUCAUCAGGGAUGUAAUUGGCAUCGGAAUAGAAGAGGAGGAUCGGAAGCACACAUGGAUGGAGGAUGCCGACAGUUGUGUCGCACACAGUGCCUUGGAGUGUGCCCGGGCUAUCUAUGCCCAUUCCCUACAAGUUUUCCCCAGCAAAAAGAGUGUUUGGCUAAGGGCUGCUUAUUUUGAGAAGAACCAUGGUACCAGGGAGUCUCUGGAAGCACUCUUGCAGCGUGCUGUUGCCCAUUGUCCUAAAGCUGAAGUGUUGUGGCUGAUGGGAGCCAAGUCCAAGUGGCUUGCAGGUGAUGUGCCGGCUGCCAGAAGUAUCCUUGCCUUGGCUUUUCAGGCCAAUCCCAACAGUGAAGAGAUCUGGUUGGCUGCCGUGAAACUGGAGUCCGAAAACAAUGAAUAUGAGAGAGCUCGUCGACUGUUGGCCAAAGCUCGGAGCAGUGCACCUACUGCCAGGGUGUUCAUGAAAUCUGUAAAGCUGGAAUGGGUUUUGGGGAACAUUGAAGCAGCUCAGGAUCUCUGUGAGGAAGCUCUUCGACAUUACGAGGAUUUCCCCAAACUGUGGAUGAUGAAGGGACAGAUUGAAGAGCAAAUGGAACAGACUGAAAAGGCCAGAGAUGCUUAUAACCAAGGGUUGAAGAAGUGUAUUCAUUCUACGUCUUUGUGGUUGCUCCUGUCUCGUCUGGAGGAGAAGGUUGGACAGUUAACACGAGCCAGGGCCAUCCUGGAGAAGUCUCGACUGAAAAACCCAAAGACCCCAGAGCUGUGGCUCGAGUCCGUGCGUCUGGAGUUCCGAGCUGGGCUUAAAAACAUUGCCAAUACCCUGAUGGCUAAAGCUCUGCAAGAAUGUCCCAACUCAGGAAUUCUUUGGGCAGAAGCUGUGUUUCUGGAAGCCAGGCCCCAGCGCAAAACUAAGAGUGUUGAUGCCCUUAAGAAGUGUGAACAUGACCCACAUGUACUGCUGGCAGUUGCUAAACUUUUCUGGAGCGAACGCAAGAUUACCAAAGCUCGGGAAUGGUUUCACCGAACCGUGAAAAUUGACUCUGACCUAGGGGACGCCUGGGCAACUUUCUAUAAGUUUGAACUGCAGCAUGGUACAGAGGAGCAGCAAGAGGAGAUCAGGAAGCGCUGUGAGAAUGCAGAACCGCGCCAUGGGGAGCUUUGGUGUGCAGUGUCCAAAGAUAUAAAGAACUGGCAGCAGAAGAUAGGGGAGAUCCUUGUCCUGGCGGCAGCUCAAAUCAAAAACACCUUCUGAUGAGAGGUUGGGUUGCAGUGCAUUGUCGGUCCUUCCUGAACUAUUUCUGUGUUUUUAAUACAUUCUUUUGGAUUCCCCUGCUCUUUGGAAUUUGUCUUUGUGAUACCAUGCGGAAGGGAGCAAAAGGGAAUUAUUUUGUAAAUGUCUUGGAGCAGUUCCUAAUUUGGGAUUUUCUGUGAAAGUUCCACAGCAUUGCUUGCCUUUCCGUUUCCAUUAAAAUGAACUCUUAGUAUUUGGUGGCAGGAGACUAUUUAUAGUUUAGAAAGCCACAUCGGCUUCAGAUGCAACCUCUCUGCGGCGUGAAGAAGGCUCCAUUUUUGAAUGUGGUCAGUAAUUAUUGCUGUGCAUCGUGGAUUGUCACUAAUAUCCCAAAACGACAUAAGGCUCCCUGCGUUUAUAAUGUCUGUCAUUAUUCCCGUGAGACUUCGAUGCUGCAUCUAGUACCUGGACAUUAAUGUAUAAUGUAAUGCCGAAUCACAUCAAUACAGUAUAUCUUAUUGGGAUUUUGGCAGUUUGGGACUGAGCAGUGGAUUUAAUAUCUUUACUACAGGGAUUAGUAUCUUAGCAGCAGUGGCAGUCUAUUUAAUGUUAUCUUCUUUGGUUUAAUAUUCUUGCAAUACAAGCCUUGUUUGUGUGGAAGGUAAA